CUAUAAUAGAAAUCUCUAUAAUAGAGGAACACAUCCAAACGAAAACACCAUCUCUAUUUUUGCCCCAUCUCUAUUAUAAGGUUAUGGUUUCCUCUAUUUUAUAUUUUUUCUUCUAAAAUAGAGUAACUUUGUAAUAGAGUUGGUCUUGGAUGUUGCUGCAAUGGUAUUCGAUUUUAGAGUAAAAAAUAGAGUGAUGAACAAAAAAUAAAAAAAUUACUCUAUAUAUAGAGUAAAAAAGUAGGUUUACAUUAUUAUAAAAUAGAAAAUAGAGUACUAUUUGAGUAUUUUUGCUCUAAACUUUAUUUUAGAAGAAAAAAUAGAAUGGGGUUGGAUAUGCUAGGAGUAUGGGCCUUUGUGCCGUUAUCCCUCAGCCCAAGAAUAAAACAUGUAAAUAUUAUUUUACCUUGGCGACCUCAGUUCUCAAGAUUCGAAAGGUAACCUUUGAGGCGCGCUGUCCGAAAGCAAAUAGCCAAAAACCUUGGGAAAAUGGGCUUUUAAUUCCCAAUCUAUUUGCAAUAGGCAAUUUAAAUACCAAACUAUUGGUUACGUGAUUUAAUGCCUCAACUAGUUGUUGAUUUGGUAAAUUAAAGACUACAGAAGUCAGACGUCAUGUUUUAAACGGAACCCGUUAGUACUGUGAAACAUUGUUUUCGACUUUUCUUAAAAACUCAGAAAUCCCCAAUCUGAAACCCUAGAUUGAGUGCAAAGAAAUUUCCGGCGUGAUGGUGAGGACGUUCACCGGAAGACGAGGAGGAGCACGGAAUAAGCUUCAAACCCGAAGAGGAUCAUCAAAUCCCAUAGUUCCUGAAGUUCCCAAUGUUUCUGAUGCUCCCAACAUUCUUGCAGGUCCAAACGUUUCUGAAGUUCCCAUAGAUGCUGAGAGAGAAAGGACACAAGAUGUCGAUGUGUCUAGAUUUGAUGGAGAAACAAUGGUACAUGAAGAAGAAACAACAGUACAUGAGAAUGAAGAAGAAACUAUGGAACAUCAAAACGAACAAGAAGCUAUUGAGUCGCGUGAGAAUUCAUCCGUUGAGGGAGAUGAUUGUGAGGUCAUUGUUGAAGAUAUGGCUGGAUACAAGGAGUCUGAACCGGUGCUGCAGUCGGAUGAUAAUGAGUUUAUCGAUGUACCAAUCCGUGAAGAGGAUCACUUUAGAGAGGCUGGCUGUGAAGAUGGAAAUGAAUACCACGAGGGUGAUGACGAUAGUGGGGAUGAUGUCCAGAAGCUAUUUGAACUGUUUCCCGACAAAGCUUCUUGUUCUUCUCGAAGUUCUUCAUGAGGUCUCCGGAUUCGCUCUCUUAUCCCGCCGGAAAUCACCUCUCGCUCGCCGGAAUUGCCCCUGUCGAAAGUAGGGUUCCAAAUUUGGGAUUUUGAGUUAUAUCGUAACUGAGGGGAAUUAAAACUAACGACAAAGUUUUAUGAUUUAACUGCUGACUUUCGUAGUCUUUAAUUUGCCAAGUCAACUACUAGUUGGGGCAUUAAAUCGCGCAACCAAUAAUUCGGUAUUUAAAUUGCCUAUUUCAAAAAGAUUGGGAAUUAACAGCCCAUUUUCCCCAAAAACCUUUGAUAUAAUAAUAUCUAACGUGACAUUUUAAUUCCUCAGGAGAAAUCUAGUUUUGUAAAAUCUUCUUAUCGGUUUUACGUACUACUGGAAAUACGUAAUAUGAUAUUAAAUCUACAACUUGAGCUCAAGAUACAAAAUUUUCAUAUUUUCUGUCACGACCGCUUGGUAAACUAUAGCACACUUCACAUAUUUAAACACAUGCUAUAUUUUCUGAGAUAAAAGUUACAUUCGAUUUCGAUUUUUUUUUAUUAAGCUUAUAAACCAGCGCAAAUGAUUUGAGUAUGCCUUGUUUCCUUUUUGUCUAAAAAAAAAUCUCAAUUCGGAUAUCCACUAAACAUCUUAUUGAGUGUGAGAUUUGAAUUUGAGAUCACAUACUUUAACUAAUGUUGAUACACGACAAGACAAAGUAUAAUAUCUAAAUUCUAAAAUAUCUAGAAUUCUAGAGUAGGGAUUAAAGUAUGGUGACAAGGGAAAUAGAAUCUUAUAAAGCUUUAGAUAUCAUUUGAGCAAGAAAAUUCGUGGCGCCUUGAAAUGUGAGACCAAAGUGCGUAAGCACUUUCCAGUUAUACAAAACCAUCACAUGCAAUCAGUUUCCUUCCCCGGAUUUUAGAAAAGUAAAUAAAGAAUAACUUUAAUAAAGAAGAAAAAUUAGAAAAGUACUUGUUAAAGCUACGAUUUAAAGAGAAGUACAAUGAAAUUACGUCGCCGCUGGAUAGCUUAAGCUGUCUGUAACUUUAUCCAAGCAUCUUCUCCCAUUCUGAUACUUUUUUUCAUAAAUUUUAUGAAACCUCUUUUAGGUAAGAAAUAACACUUUUGUUUUGAUGAUUUGGUUGUAAAGUUGCUUUUGUAGGAAAAGUUAAUCACAUUUAAUAACUCGACUAGUCGUUAUUCAAUAAAAUCUUUGAACAGAAAUGGAAAAUGGUUUGGACUCCUUGUGAAUUUUACAUGAAUAGCGAGUCUUGUUAUCAGAUGCACUAGUUAACAAGUAUAAAGUAUAAUACGUUGAUAAAAUCAUAAAUAAAUAGACCAAAAAACAGAAUUGUAUGUUAUUUUUUUUGUUACCGUGUUAUAAUAGAUA